GCCCUGCAGGCGCUGUGGACUGGGGAAGCACAGAGAUUCCCCGCCCCGUUCCCUGGACUGGGGCGCUCGCCGCGAUGUCCCGCCCCACUCCUCACGCCCUGAAUGCAGGGCGCUAGCUGCUACUCGGUGGCUCAAGCACCGUCCCCGUUCUCUGCCCGCCCCUCUCCCGGGACACUGCGCACGCACCACAGAGCCGCGCCCCUCUCCUCACCCCGCCACCGGGACGCAGAGCGUCCGCCGCCGCGUUUCCGGCGACAUCUCGCUGUCGUCACUGCGGCUUGCGCGCCCUUGUAGACAGCCCGGGCCUUCGUGAGACCGCUUGUUUUCCGCAGGUGCAGGCCUGGGGUAGUCUCCUGUCUGGACAGAGAAGAGAAGAAUGCCGGACACCGGCUCAGUAGUGCCUUUGCAUUGGUUUGGCUUUGGCUACGCAGCACUGGUUGCUUCUGGUGGGAUUAUUGGCUAUGUAAAAGCAGGCAGCGUGCCGUCCCUGGCUGCGGGGCUGCUCUUCGGCAGCCUAGCCGGCUUGGGUGCUUACCAGCUGUCUCAGGAUCCAAGGAACGUUUGGGUUUUCCUAGCUACAUCUGGUACCUUGGCUGGCAUUAUGGGAAUGAGAUUCUACAACUCUGGAAAAUUCAUGCCUGCAGGUUUAAUUGCAGGUGCCAGUUUGCUGAUGGCCGCCAAAGUUGGAGUUAGUAUGUUCAACAGACCCCAUUAGCAGAAGUCAUGUUCCAGCUUGCACUGAUGAAGAAUUAAAAAUCUGCAUCUUCCACUGUUUUCAAUGUAUUAACAGAAAUAAGUGCAGCAUUUUUGCAUCUGACAUUUUACCUAAAAAAAAAAAAAGACACCAAACUUGGCGGAGGAGUGGAAAAUCAGUUGUCACCAUUAUAACCCUACAGAGGUUAUAAUGAGGAUGUAACAUGAGCUUAUUGAGACCCUCACAGAGAUCGAUUCUUGUACAUUGAUGUUAUCUCUUCUUUCUGUAUCUAUAGGUAAAUCUCAAGGGUAAAAUGUUAGGUGUCAACUUUGAGGGUCCUGAAACCCCAUUCCGUGCUCUGAGGAACAGUGUGAAAAAAUCUCUUAUGAAAUUUAGAAUAUCUGUUCUUCUGCUCAUCUUAGACCACAGACUGACUUUGAAAUUAUGUUAAGUGAAAUAUCAACGAAAAUAAAGUUUACUAUAAAUAAUA